GAUAAAUGUAUAGAGAGGCAACACUGCCGUACACUAUUGCUGUUAUUUUUUUUUUGUUGGUAAUGCAAGCUUCAAGUUAAAGGACACUGUAAAAGAAAACAAUAACCUCAGAGUAAAGAUCACAAAAAUAUAGUUUGCGUUUAGAUGUCGGAUACCGCUGUUAUUUCUUCUUCUGUUGUUUGCAUAAUGAUAUUACAUCCGCACCAAUGAGAUCAUCAGUGAGUUAUAUAUUGUCCAGCCCAGCACCAGACACAAGAAUGUCUCAUCCAGAUUAUGACCAGAUUGCCCAAGAUCACGCCUCCAUUCUUAUUCUUGUUCAUCAUCAAGAAGGUUUAUUGAAACCAAAGUCAUUCACUAAAGUAUGGGACAAAAUCCGAAGAGUAAACCAUACAAAGGUGACAGAUUCAGCUGGAGUCACCCGCCAAGUUUACAUUCGUUAUGUCAAGGACUAUCCUGUUGAAAGCAACGAUUGGGGGGAAUUUCAAACACACCGCCGAUUACUUGGCCUUAUUUCAGUUGGUCAGUACGAGUCUCAAACUGACCUAAAUGAAAUCUGUAGAUUUCAUGAGUCACUUAAAGUCAGGUACACAACAACACUCUAUGAUUCACGUUGCAUUCUAUUUGGAAAGGAAAAUGAAGAAUUGCAAACUCCUUCAAACUUCAAAUCAUUGCCUCUCUGGUAUUCAGAUGUUGAGUCUUGUUCAGAUUUGGAAUCUCAAGUUUCUGAACUCUUGAACUCACUGUUUUGGGUGCUAGAAUCAAAACGACAGCUUUUCUCUGGUGUUUCACCCCUCUUCUCCAGGAUGCAUCGUUCUCAUUCACAGGAGAGAAGUCGUGAAAAGCUAGAUCGUGUCCCUCUACUCUUGGCUCCAUUUGAGAGAAAAGACAUAGUUGGUUUGGAUUUGGAGUCAAGAACCAACAAAAAGAAAUGUAUGGGUCGCAUGAUUAAACAUCUUGGCGACCUCAGUCUCCAGGCUGGAGUUCCCCAUGAAGCUUUACAACAUUAUAUUUCAGCUCUUGACACAUUACGUUCUGUUAAUGAUUGGCUAUGGCUUGGGGGUGCUGCCGAGGGGCUGUGUUCAGCAUCAGUUAUAGUUCUUUACCCAGGACGAUGGCGGACAUUUCCUAUCCAGCGCAAUGCUUCCUUGCCACCAAGUCCUGGAAAACGCAGGCCUGGUUUGAUUGGACCGAGUUCACUUCCACUAGGGUCACUAACCCCAGUUCCUAUUGUUGAGGAUGCACCUAAAGCUCUUUCUCCUGAAGGCAUCCUGAGGAGAUAUCAAGAAGCCAUUCAAAACUAUGCAAAAUAUCAAAGUGCUGGAAUGAUUGAAACAGAAGCUUGUUUCAAAGCAGCUCAAAUUGCAAUACAACAAGGUUGUCCAUUACAAGCUGCAUCAUUUCUGAAAAAUGUUGUACUUAUCAAUUUAACACUCACUGAACAAGAAAAGAUCCAGAGAUUUCUCAGUCUUUCUGAGCUCUAUACUCAAAUGGGAUUUCAUCGAAAAGCUUCUCUAUGUAGAAGGCUAGCUGCUACUAGGCAUGUGUCAGAUCAAAACAGACAGCCUGACUGGACUCAGUGCUACAAUCUGAUGCUUCAAGCAUUAGAUGGACAUAGGCUGUCACUUGAUCCAACAGAACGCGCGACUGGUGGCAUUGCUGAGGGCUGGCCUGCAUUGCAAAUUCAUCUCCUACAACAAUUGGUUGUUGCUGCUAGAAGAAUGGGUCAUUCAGCUCUUGCAACACGUCAUAUGACUUUUCUACUUCAAACUAUGUGGCAUCACUUGAACCCAAAAGAGCAGCGAGAACUGACAAAACAGCUUCAAAAGCUUGCUUCAGAAUGUGAGGGGGCACCAGUCCCCCUAGUCUUAGACUCCCGUGCUGUUAUUCCUCCUGCAAAUUUAACAAAUAUUCCAUUGGCAAAGAAUUUUCGACUCCAGGAUUUGCCUUUGCAUCUUAGGCCUCAAAAAAUACAAAAGCUGAAAGAGGACAUGGGACCGUUUUUGUACACUCCUAUUUCUUUUGGUUCCCUGGAUCGCAAAAGCACCAAAUCUCUGAGCAGGAUGGACUAUGUUUGGGUCGAAGGUGACAUGUGUGAAGUGCUGUUGGAUCUUUAUAAUCCAUUACCAUUUGAACUAAAAGUUUCCAACAUGAGAUUGUUAGCAAGUGAAGUUGUCUUUGAAAGCAUUCCAUCAUCAAUUGUUCUUCCCCCUGACUCUGGUCCAAAUACUGUUGUUUUGGCUGGUGUUCCUAAAGAAGUAGGAGAGCUUGAAAUCCAAGGUUAUUCAACUCAUACUCUUGGUGUGAAAUCUAACUGUCAGCUUCGUCAUAUGCGUCACAUGCCUCAACCAUCAUUUACUGUGGAAGUUGUCCCUGCCCUGCCUCAUAUGGAGAUGUCAACUAAUGAUCAAAAAAAUAAUAAUCUACAACUACCACCAGUGGAUGCAUCAGUUUCUAUUACCACCAUUUCUAAAUCUCUCUAUGCCGGUGAAAGCACUGAAUGUCAAGUCACAAUAUUAAACUCUGGAUCCCAACCCAUUGAACUGCUGGAAAUAUCAGCUCAAUGUGUGUUGGAUCCAAGUCAGUUAAAACAGGUUUUGCAGUGGAGUGCAGAUAAUAUUCAAGCACAACUUCCAUUACAUCCAGGAGCAUCAGCCAGCUUUACUCUUUAUCUGCACGGACAUGCAGAGUAUAUUGCUCCCCCACGCAGUGAUGUGAAUGAUGGUGGUAGCCAGCCAAGUAGCCUUCUCUCAGGGCCCAGCUCACUUCCAUCCCGCCUUAGCUCCUUAGCAUCAACACCUCAGCCAUCUCGUCAUGCUCAUCACAAUGAGUUGUCAUCAGGCUCAUUUCGCUCCCAAAUAAGUAGUCGCUCUGGUAGUAGCAUUGGAUCAUCAAGGCUCAACCCCAAGAUUUAUGACCCAUCUGCACCAAAAGUCAUAGAUUGCCAGUUGAAGCUAAGGUACUCAGGAGGGCCUGGUUUGGAAGCUGGCUAUUGCCGUGUUAAAUCAAUUUCUCUCAGCCUAGAAAUUUUGCCAUCUAUUCUUAUUACAAGCUGGGACGUUCUACCAGCUGAAACGAGCUCUCAAUUUUAUCUGGUACUGGACGUUACCAACAAAACAUUGGGAGAAUUAGAACUCUUUUACGCUGAUGGGAAAGUUAUGCUCCUAGAGGGAAAUGAAGAAUGCCGUAUUGCUGUACCUGUGGAACGCUGCCCUCUUUCCAAGCUAUCAAAGUUGUACCAAAACAUUGAACUAACUGAUGUUGAGAAAGCAGAAUUGGAUUCAGUGUGCAGUGAUCAUGUAGCCUCUCUUGUUGACCUCAAGUGGGUUUUACCUGUGAGUAACAGGAGUGGGAAAGCCUCCUUGCGUGGAUUGCCUCUUACUUCUGAUAUGCUAGAUAUUGUCAGAAUGUCACCAUUGCAAUGGGAGGUACUUCUAAAUAAGGAAAUAGCCAAGCCUUUAUCAGAGUUGACAUGUGUGGCAGGUCAAUGUUUACAACUUGGUGUAACAGUUCAGAACUAUUUGGAUUGGCCACUUCACAAUGUUGCCCUUUCUUUGAAGUUCUUCCAAGAGUAUCAGAGUGGUAUAAGGAACUACAGACUAGAUUCACAACUAGCUGUCGCUGGUGCUCCAAAUGUGUUAAUUACUCAGUUGGACGAUCAAAGCAGUGUAUACCACGAAUGCAAUGUUGUUUUCUUCAUGCCAGGUUUGUAUAAAAUAGACAUCCAGUGUUCUUCUGUAGGUAACUGUUCAGGUGCUCAUCCUCCAGGAGACGCCACUGAGUCUACACCUGCUCACACAUGGAAACUUAUUCCGCCUAUUGAAUUAACUGUGACUGAUCCUUGAAAAUCCAUACAUACAAUGUCUGGAUUAAAUCAGUAUUAGCACCAAUUGAAUUGUAAAUUAUGUCUUGUAGAGUUUGUUUCUCUAGCAAGGUCUAAUAUGUGCCAUCCUAUUAUAUUUUCAUGAUGUUGUAGGUGACAAUUUAUGAAAAAAUGUUAUAGUGCUCAAUCUGGAACCACUUGAUCAGUGCAGAUACCUAAGUACACAAAGCAGUCUUUGAACUGUAUGGUUAUUUCAUGAGGUAGUUACAAUAUUCAAAAGGAAAGUAUUUUUUCCACUUGUCCAUUUAUUUAUAUGGCUUGUUCUAAUUUAAGUGGUAUUAUUAUGAACAUUCUGUGCCAACUGCUUUGCUAUUGUCAAUGCUCGAGUUUUCAGUGAUAUUAAAUUUUGGGAAUAUUCAAUCGAGUCAGUUUACAUAUACCUACCAAUGGCAAUAUGUUUUGUCUAAUAUGUCACUAGAGCAACUAUGAUAGUUGUGCCUAAAUUUCAAAUUGACUUUUUGCUGAAUACUAGUAUUAUUACUGCUCAUUUAUAAAAGAAAAACCCUCCACCCAUAUUAUUUUUUAUGUAGAUCAUAACACCAACUAUUGUACUAUAUAAUAGUUUAUCAAAUUUUCAUUAUAUUCAUUUUCUUUCUUGUUUUUUUAGUCAUACUGACAUAGGAUACAUAUUGGACUGACUUUCAUAUAGAAACACUCUCUCACUGUUCUGUUAUGAAGUGUACCUUUGAUCUAUUUGUCUUUCUAUAGUUGAACUGCAUUGAUGCACUGAGCAAUGUAGAUAAGGGAGUUUUGUAUGUGACCAUAUUCAUAUUUCUAGUGUAAGAAACAUUCCAUUUGGCCACUUUAUUUGGCUCUGUUGAUUUUUGAAUGAGACAAGAAGGUACUGCUCUAUAUUGCUGGUUAUAAGCAUGAGAAUACUGUGGUGAGCAAAAUUACUUUGUGUUUCCUAUGUUUUGUUGUAUUUUUCACAUUUCACAAGUACUGUCCCUGUCGAUUGCGUAGCCUACAUAAUUCACCUUCAUCUUGUUAUUUUUGCAUUGUUAUAUACUGUACUACAGUAGUAAGUGUGAUUUCUUUGUCUUUCCAACACUGUUACUCUUACUCUAAAUACGUUCCAUCUUUUAGAUUUCUUUUUUAGUACAAGUCAAUGUGCCUUUGUCAUAAUUCAUUUUGAAUGUUCUAGUCCUGUCUGUAAAAUUUGAUCUUUGUUGUCAAUUUUGUUUUCUGUUGUUUACCCUUAAGAUGUUUUUGUUUUCUUUCUUUGCAACAUUCAAAUCUCUUGAUGAGUAUACAAGUUCUUUGAUCCAUGUUGUAAUAAAUAUUCAGUUCUUUCUUGUUUAAUGGAAAGCUCUCUAUUUUGACGAUUGAAUGUAAUACCUGAAUGGUAGCAUAAUAUUACUGUAUUACCCUCUUCCAAAAUGUAUAUGUUUUUCUCCUCUUGGGAAUCAUAAAGACAACUACUCCGUGAUAAUGAUAUGCUGAAAAUUGUUAACUGCUCAAUAGCCUCUAUGGUCAUAUGGGUGUAAUGUCUCUGAAUGUUGAAAUAAUAGAUAAUAAUAUUAAUAAAGACUUGUGUCAUUUUAGUCUCUAUGUUGUGCUGUCAAUGUGUUGUGCUCACACUUAGCUUUAUGGUUUGUUGUACUGUAACAUUUUAAUGUGUUUUAAAUGCCAUUGGUUUAGUGAAAUUUUAGUUGUAAGAUAAGACUGAAUGCUCCGAGGCAUUGUUGAAAAAAAAGCAAACCGAGCAUUUUGUUAGCUAUUGUGCAAAAUUGUCACACUGUUAUUGACUGUUCUGAAAUUUAUUUAUGGUAUCGAGGUUUAUAUGCAGACUAUUUAGCCGAAAUAAAAGUUUAUUUUUCUGUUGA